GAAAAAGAGAGAGAACCCAAAAACUGAAAACAAAAACAGAGUUUAUAGAAGGAGAGAAACCAAAUUCAUUUCUCAUACAAUCUCCUCAUAAUUCUCUCUCUCUCUCCCCUCAAUUUUUACUAACAGAGUAGUAAUUAAUAGUGUUAUUAUUAUCAAUCCUAUUAUAAUUUUUUUUUCCUUCUCUUGAUCAUCAUCAUCCAUGGCUUCUUUACUAUCUUCAUCAUUCACACUUCCAAGUUCAAAAGACCACCUUUCUUCACUCUCCCAAAAACACUACUUUCUCCACUCAUUUCUCCCCAAGAAAACGACACCAAACAACCCAAAAUCCUUUCUCAAAGUCAAAUGUGCCGCCGUUGGGAACGGCCUCUUCACACAAACCUCCCCAGAAGUUCGUCGUAUCGUCCCAGAGAACAACCAAGGCCUCCCCAAAGUCAAAAUCGUCUAUGUCGUUUUGGAGGCUCAGUAUCAGUCAGCACUCACCUCAGCCGUCAAGUCCCUAAACGACAACAAAAGGUAUGCUUCUUUUGAGGUCGUUGGCUACUUGGUUGAGGAGCUUCGUGACGAGAAAACUUACCAAACUUUCUGUAAAGACCUUGAGGACGCGAAUAUCUUUAUUGGGUCGUUGAUUUUUGUCGAAGAACUUGCUUUGAAGGUGAAAUCCGCUGUGGAGAAGGAAAGGGACAGGCUUGAUGCUGUUCUUGUUUUCCCUUCAAUGCCGGAAGUAAUGAGGCUUAACAAGUUGGGUUCUUUUAGUAUGUCUCAGUUGGGGCAAUCAAAAAGUCCGUUUUUUCAGCUUUUCAAGAAGAAGAAAUCUUCAGCAGGUUUUGCUGAUAGCAUGUUGAAGCUAGUGAGGACUUUGCCAAAAGUGUUGAAGUACUUGCCUAGUGAUAAGGCUCAGGAUGCAAGGCUUUACAUUCUGAGUCUUCAGUUUUGGCUUGGUGGGUCCCCUGAUAAUCUGCAGAAUUUCCUGAAGAUGAUUUCGGGGUCUUAUGUUCCGGCGCUUAAGGGGACUAAGAUUGAGUAUUCGGAUCCGGUUUUGUACUUAGAUAGUGGGAUUUGGCACCCUUUGGCUCCUUGUAUGUAUGAUGAUGUGAAGGAGUAUUUGAAUUGGUAUGGUACUAGGAAGGAUUUGAAUGAGAAGGUUAAGGGACGGGAUGCGCCGGUUGUCGGGCUGAUUUUGCAGAGGAGUCACAUUGUUACUGGGGAUGAUGGUCACUAUGCGGCAGUGAUUAUGGAGUUGGAGGCAAGAGGGGCUAAGGUGAUACCGAUUUUCGCUGGAGGGUUGGACUUUUCCGGCCCGGUGGAGAAGUUCUUGAUCGAUCGGGUUAGCAAGAAGCCGUUUGUGAACUCGGUGGUUUCACUCACUGGAUUUGCCCUUGUUGGUGGGCCCGCAAGGCAGGACCAUCCCAGGGCUGUGGAGGCUUUGAUGAAGCUUGAUGUUCCUUACAUUGUUGCAUUGCCUUUGGUGUUCCAGACAACUGAGGAGUGGCUUAACAGCACUUUGGGUCUGCACCCAAUUCAGGUUGCAUUGCAAGUAGCUCUUCCAGAGCUGGAUGGAGGCAUGGAGCCCAUUGUUUUCGCGGGCCGGGAUCCUAAAACAGGGAAAGCACAUGCUCUUCACAAGAGGGUGGAGCAACUCUGCACCAGGGCAAUCAGAUGGGCUGAACUGAAAAGGAAGUCAAAGGCAGAGAAGAGGCUAGCAAUUACUGUGUUCAGCUUUCCUCCAGACAAAGGAAAUGUCGGAACAGCUGCCUAUCUUAAUGUCUUCUCCUCCAUAUUCUCAGUUCUCAAAGACCUCCAAAAAGAUGGUUACAAUGUUGAGGGACUUCCAGAGACUUCAGAAGCCUUGAUUGAAGACGUAAUUCACGACAAAGAAGCUCAAUUCAGCAGUCCGAACCUCAAUGUCGCUUACAAAAUGGGAGUCCGUGAAUACCAAAGACUAACUCCAUUUGCCACAGCAUUGGAAGAGAACUGGGGGAAGCCUCCAGGGAAUUUGAACUCUGAUGGAGAAAAUCUCUUGGUUUAUGGGAAACAGUACGGUAAUGUCUUCAUUGGAGUUCAGCCCACAUUUGGUUAUGAGGGUGAUCCGAUGAGAUUAUUGUUCUCCAAAUCAGCUAGUCCACACCACGGCUUUGCAGCAUACUACUCAUUCGUCGAAAAGAUUUUCAAGGCGGAUACAGUUCUUCAUUUCGGUACUCAUGGCUCACUUGAAUUCAUGCCUGGAAAGCAAGUGGGUAUGAGUGAUGUCUGUUACCCUGACAGUCUAAUCGGAAACAUUCCCAAUGUCUAUUACUAUGCUGCUAACAACCCAUCUGAAGCCACCAUAGCCAAACGCCGCAGCUAUGCUAACACCAUAAGCUACCUGACCCCUCCAGCAGAAAAUGCAGGGCUUUACAAGGGUCUUAAGCAGCUGAGUGAGCUCAUCUCCUCUUACCAAUCCCUUAAAGACACGGGUCGUGGGCCACAGAUUGUUAGCUCAAUCAUCAGCACCGCCAGGCAAUGCAAUCUUGACAAGGAUGUGGAACUACCUGAUGAGGGGCAGGAAAUCCCAGCAAAAGAACGAGAUCAUGUGGUCGGAAAGGUGUAUUCAAAGAUCAUGGAGAUUGAGUCCCGUCUUUUGCCUUGUGGCCUGCACGUCAUUGGUGAGCCUCCAUCCGCCAUGGAAGCAGUAGCAACCUUGGUCAACAUUGCUGCGCUUGAUCGUCCUGAAGAUAAUAUUUCCUCACUCCCAGGUAUAUUAGCUGAGACAGUGGGAAGAGACAUAGAGGACGUCUACAGAGGAAGCGACAAAGGAAUUCUGAAGGAUGUAGAGCUUCUCAGGCAAAUAACCGAGGCAUCACGUGGUGCAACCUCGGCGUUUGUGGAGCGCACAACAAACAAGAAGGGCCAGGUCGUUGAUGUAGCUGACAGACUCACCUCCAUUCUUGGCUUUGGUAUUAAUGAACCUUGGAUUGAUUACUUAUCAAGCACCAAAUUCUACCGUGCCGAUAGGGACAAGCUGAGAACAUUGUUUGAAUUCUUGGGAGAAUGUUUAAAGCUUGUUGUGGCUGACAAUGAAUUGGGAAGCUUGAAGCAAGCACUGGAGGGAAAAUACGUGGAGCCAGGGCCCGGAGGUGACCCAAUUAGAAACCCGAAGGUGUUGCCAACAGGGAAGAACAUUCACGCACUUGACCCACAAGCAAUUCCCACAACGGCUGCUAUGCAGAGUGCAAAGGUUGUGGUGGACAGGCUAGUUGGGAGGCAGAAGAAUGAAAAUGGCGGAAAGUAUCCCGAGACAGUUGCUCUUGUUCUGUGGGGCACAGACAACAUAAAGACUUAUGGUGAGUCCUUGGCUCAGGUUCUGUGGAUGAUCGGCGUGAGACCUGUUGCUGACACAUUUGGCCGAGUCAACCGGGUGGAAACAGUAAGUCUCGAAGAGCUUGGAAGGCCUAGGAUUGAUGUUGUUGUUAACUGCUCAGGAGUAUUCAGGGAUCUCUUUAUCAACCAGAUGAAUCUCCUUGAUCGGGCAGUGAAGAUGGUGGCUGAACUAGAUGAGCCUGCGGAAAUGAACUACGUCAGGAAGCAUGCAUUGGAACAAGCGGAAGCCCUUGGAAUUGGAGUUAGAGAAGCAGCGACUCGGGUCUUCUCAAAUGCCUCAGGAUCCUACUCUUCCAACGUCAACCUGGCUGUGGAGAACUCCUCAUGGAAUGAUGAGAAGCAACUGCAGGACAUGUACUUGAGCAGGAAAUCUUUCGCUUUUGAUUGCGAUGCCCCCGGUGCAGGCAUGACUGAGAAAAGAAAAGUUUUUGAGAUGGCCUUGAGCACAGCAGACGCAACAUUCCAAAACCUCGACUCCUCAGAAAUCUCACUCACUGAUGUUAGCCACUACUUUGACUCAGACCCCACCAAUCUUGUGCAGAACCUGAGGAAGGAUGGAAAGAAACCGAGUGCAUACAUUGCUGAUACCACCACAGCCAAUGCACAGGUCCGUACACUUGCUGAGACCGUGAGGCUUGACGCGCGCACCAAUUUGCUGAACCCCAAGUGGUAUGAAGGAAUGAUGUCGAGCGGUUACGAGGGUGUUCGUGAGAUCGAGAAGAGACUAACCAACACAGUUGGAUGGAGUGCAACUUCUGGCCAAGUGGACAACUGGGUGUAUGAAGAGGCCAACACAACAUUCAUUCAAGAUGAGGAGAUGUUGAACAGGCUGAUGAGCACCAACCCCAAUUCCUUCAGGAAGUUGGUCCAGACAUUCUUGGAGGCCAAUGGGCGUGGCUACUGGGAGACUUCACAAGAGAACAUUGAACGGUUGAGGCAGUUGUACUCGGAAGUGGAGGACAAAAUCGAGGGAAUUGACCAGUAAAUAAUCUCGGGUCUGCCAUAAAAACUGUUGUGAAAAGUUGUAAAGGAACAAAACAAGCGUGAUUACAUUGAUGAUUUAGUUGUAGUUGAGAAAUAUCUGCAAUGGAACAUUGUUUUACCAGUU